AUGCCACUGAAAAAAGAUGAGAGGAAGCAACUCGUUGAUCGAGUUGCAAAGAAAAAAGGGCUCAAAAUUACAAACCCUAAGCCUAAAUGGUCUUUCAAAAGUGGCGAGAAGAAGUCCGUAGCCCCAAAGUUGAAUGUGCAAAUCUUGAGUGAGAACCCCUUGAUCGUCAAAGCUACUGAAGACACUCUAGUCGACUUGACGAGCCCGGGGAAGCAAACCCUAGCAGAGCGCCCCUUUGAGUCGCACCCCCCUGCAGAAGAAACCCUAGCAGUGCGCGGGCAAGAACUGCAACCUUUUGCGACGGGUACUUUAGUAACGCAAUUGGUGGGAUCAAUGUCUGGUUUGACCACUAAGCAGAAGGAGGCAAUACUGGUGGAUAUUCUAGAUGUACCAGAGACGCAAGUUGAGCUGGAAGGGAUCGAUCAAGUAGAACUUGCGCAGCAGGAAAAUGUUCAUGUUAAACCUAAUUCCUCUAAUCGCUUUGCUGCUUUGCAGGAUAUUAAGGGAUGA